AUGUCGAGCGCGGCGCACUCACUCGCCCGUCGGGCGCUUGACGUUACGCAACAACAUUAUGCCAACAUCGAUGCCGGCAAUGAAGAAGGUAUCAAACAGAUUGCUAUUUGGGGGAUGAUACUCCUCUGGGCCACGGUUGUGCUGUAUAUGGCGAUGAUAUCAGCCAUUGAUUAUACAUAUGGGGACGUCGUGGGGACGCUAGCUAUGAUCGAAAACCCUACUGCCACGGCCUACGCCUCUGAAGCUGCAAUCUCGGACAUCAAAGACCCUCUGCUCUCGGGAGAUGCAUCGGAAACACAGGCCGCGGAUCUGGACAUUUACGUGGUCAAGAACCUUCCCAUCACCCGCAAGCUGCGGAGCGCCGUAAAACACCUGACAUCCAUCGGUGGGCCACUCGCUCGCUUCCGUGGUCUACAUAUCGCCAUCAUCUACAACGCUUUACAUGCCCUGAUCUUAGGUCUUAUCGCACCGAGAGGCACUUUCAUUCGACCUUUCAUGUCUGUUGUGGCGAGCGUUGCUCUCUCUCGCAUUCACAUGACUUGGACCCAUGUCGUCAUCUCUAUGCCUUCAUCGAAAAGCUGGUGGCGACGUAUCCCAUCUGUCAAGGCCGGCAAACAUGUGCUCCUGCCUGCAGCAAUCUGGGCUGCUGCGCAACAGAUGUCUAUCUACGUCCCGGGAGUCCUACUCAACUCUGCUUACAGCACCUUACAGAAUCCUAAUGCCUUUGGUGGUGACUCCAAGGCAACACAGAAGGUCGCCCUAGUGCAGGCCUUCAUGGUUGUUUUCGUCUUCCUAGCCACGGUACUACUCGUCGUCAUACCCGCAGAAGUGUCACUCAAACGUGUUGAGGCCUCCAUGCUUGCAGAAGAAGAUGAAUCAAUCGUUUCCUUUGACCGUAGCUUUGACGGUAAAGUCAAACCCGAAGCCUUAGGUGGAAGUGGCUCGAUCUCGAUGCUGGAUGCUUGGAAAACGUUCGGCAAGGAAGCAAGGAUCAGAUUGCUCAAGCUAUACGCCAAAAUCGUCGCAUUGCAAAUUGCCACUGCAAUCAUGUUCACUAUGGUUCUAAUCGGCGAGCUUAAGUUGAUUACUGGUGGUGAUUUCGAGAAGCUCGUAGAGACUGCGCGUAAGUCAAUCAAGGGCGAGCUGUAA